AUGGCUAACAGCAGCGCUGUGUCUUCGACCUUACCAUCGCGAGACUAUCAUUGUAAGGUUUGCGAUCUAUAUUUGGACACUGUUGAUUCUUUAGAGGUGCACUUGCAAUAUCAUAAAGAGAACUUAUACGUAAAGUGGGGCACGCAAAACUCUCAGAAUGAUACAGAUAAUAACAACGGAACAAAGCUGAAGAGUGAAACCGUGUCAGCGCCUGCCGACUCCAGCGACACUAUGAUCACCAAGCCAAGUCCAGAGUUCCAGCAGCGAGCUACGCCAGAAACAUCGACGCAGUUUCCUCAUCCAGCAACACCGCAGAGCUACCACAGCGCACCUUCGCCUUAUCAAAAUCCAGAUCAGACCAACUUUUCUCCUGGCGCACAAUUCGGUAAUAAUUAUGCUCAUACUAAUUUCCCUCAAAAUCAACAUUCAGAACAAAUUUCAUGGGAACAAACUCAAUAUAAUCAAGAAUAUCAUAAGCAUAGCCGCUUUCACCCAUAUAACAUGCAAGACAGGGUGUCCCAAGUUUCAUCAUCUAGCCCUCUUUAUGGGCAACCAUUGAACCAACCAACACCAUCGCCUUCACCUAAUCAGUGCGAUAAAUGCGGUUUUGUCUGUGACUCCGCCGUUCAACUCAAUGAACAUUGCAAUUCAGCUCAUGCAGGUUCAAGCACUGCUCCUGCUCCAGGCUCUAUACCUUUUCAACAAUUUCCUGUAAAGCAAUACAAUAAUUCAGGUUAUCAAAAUGAACCGAUAAAAAUAAAAGAGGAACACGAGGAAUCAUCUGACAUUUUAGAUUUAGAUUCGCAAAAAGUAGUUUAUCAAGGAAACGAGGGUGAACAGCAAAGCACAUCAUACGAAGAAGUGCCAUCACGAGCACGGGAAGUUAAUACGCGUACUGUUCCAAUGAUGCCUUGGGAGACGCAGAAGUUAUACAAUAACCCGCAGAUGAAUGGCGAUGUGUCGCUUUUUAAAGAUCAAAAAAUGUUUGUAGAACAAAAGGGUUAUCCGGCAGAUACAAAAAUGUUUCACCCCGAUCAAAAAUUUCCUUACGCUCAGGACAAGUUUCUCAGCGUUCACCAUGAUCAAAAACCUUUCAUGCACGUUGAGCAAAAAAUAUAUCCCGGUGUACAAAUGCCGCCGUUAGCAGACUAUACGGGUCAAGUUGCAUCAUCUAAUUCGGACAUGAAACCGCCGUACCGCCCUUAUGAUUCACCUACAGUACCACAGAUAACAAGCACUCAAUCGACUAACACAAGUUCAUCCGCAAUGCCUUCAAUUGGGGGGAAAGGGGCAAACUGGAAAUCAAAUGAAGCAAGGAGACCAAAAACUUAUAACUGCACUGCCUGCAAUAAAUGGUUUACUAGUUCCGGCCAUCUUAAAAGACAUUAUAAUACAACUCUACAUAAGAAUGCCGUUAGAUCAUCUGGUCAGCCAGAUCCAGCUACCAUGCCUAUUUCAAGCCAUCACCACCCAAGUCGUGAUUCACUUCAACAAAGAGCCCAGCAACAAAGCGCCGACUCGAACACGCAAAGUCCUGUACCUUCUGAAGACAGCCGCAGCGUUGAUGACGCUGUUCUACAGUCGCCGUAUGCAUCGCAGAACUUUGAGCGAUCUCACCGUGUCGCUACAAUGCAGUCUAAGUCACCAUAUACACAUCUUCAACAGGGUAAUCUAGAUAAUAAUUUCAGUAAUAAUCCUUUAGCUAAUCAUCCAUUACAGCAUCAAAUUGGAUCACAUCCCAUAAGUAUGGGUAACCAGCCGCCGGGAAUAGGUAAUCCAAACGAUAACAAUCACCCAGGGUCUAAAGGAACCUCGUUAUCAUCAUCAGGGAAUCCCCCAAACGGGGAAGCAGGUCCCUCUGUUUCUCAAAAUCACCAUAUGAGGGGCCUGCUAUCAGUAUCAACCAGCAAUAUUUCAACCCCAGUUCUAACCCAGACUACCCCGGCACUUACAGCACACACGUUGCCGCCGUUCAGUCAUUUGGGUGUCAACCCGUACAGCCCGAGGUCUACGGAUCCUUUGGGACCUUCAGUUCCGGAUCCCACUCACACCCCCUUAUAUUUGGGUCAGAAUUUUCAGCAGACUAUAGCACCGAGCUACCCAAACGGGAUGGCCCCCCACGUUAUGGAUAUGGCUAUCAACAAUCUGCCUAUAGCCAAUCCGGCUACUUUUGGUGAAGGUACACCAGAAGAAGUCGAUGUUAUGGAACAGGAAACGUCGAUUCAACCUGCCGGCGGACGCUUGCCUAGUUUCGCGCAGCUCCAAACGCAGAGCUUCAGCGUUUAUGUUUCUAACUAUGUCACGCAGCCUAACGUGGGGGGUCAAGUUGUUUCUGAUGAGUCAACCGCUGGAUAUAUUAUCGUAGACCCGGUUCACUCUCCAUUGCAAUACAACAAUGUUGACAUAUGUGGACAGAGCAUGGAUUAUGAUUAUAGUUUUUCACCUAGGACAGUCAAAGAAAACUUGAUCAGUUACAAUUCAGAAAACAUCAAAGUUUAUCCAUAUGGUUACGCAGUUGGCGGUAAAACGAUAAAGCGGGAGGACGACGUUCUACGGACCGAUGCUAGUGAACUUCAAAUUUUAAAAAUCGAGGACAUUAUGGAUUACGCUAAUAAAGAGAACUACGGUGCUCAAAUGAAAUCUCCGGCGAGUCCGGAGAGCGCCAAAGCUGAAAAUGAGAGUCAGGGCUCUCCCUCAAUUACAUCAACAGUAACGAGCACUCCUCUCACUGAACGCAAUCAAUUGAAGAAAACUGCACCGGCCACCGUGCACAAGUGCUACGAAUGUGAUAAGUUGUUUAACAAAGCGUGCUAUCUGACGCAACACAAUAAGACUUUCCAUUCGGGCGCUAAGCCGUUUAAGUGCGACCGGUGUGGUAAACGUUUCUCCGAUGAUGUUUCAUACGAAGGUCAUUAUAUGAAGCACGCAGACAAUAAACCUUUUAAAUGCAACGAAUGUCCCAAGUCUUUCAACCACAAGACCGAUUUGCGCCGUCAUAUGUGUCUGCAUUCCGGUUGUAAGCCUUUCGCAUGUGAUCAUUGCGGUAAAGGUUUCAUUAGGAAAGAUCAUAUGGUAAAACACGUAGAUAUUCAUAUCAAGAAAAACCUCAGGUCCUCCUCAUCGGUCUCUUCAACGUCGCCCUCCUCUUCAUCG